AGCGGAGGCCCCCGUCAUUUCGCCGUCAUCGUCGUUGGAGGAGGAGCAGGAGGAGUUCAGACAGAUGUGAAUAACGGUGCAUAUGUUCACAGCCUAAUUUGGUUUUCUGGGCGUGGAGCCGCUGUUCUGGGGGUGGGUUGGAAAAUCCAGCCAGAGGGCUGAGGAGUUACAAUCUGCAUCUUUCUACCUCCGCUUGCUCUGGAGAACAGAGACCAGCAUCAGAAAAAAAGCUUACCAUCUUGCUGAAGGCUGGCAGUGAAAAUCUGCUUCAGGAAGAAAACCUUUGGAUAAAUCUCACCAUGCCUAUCGUCUUGAAGUCCAGUCCUCUGCUCUGGACGCGGCUUGCUGCGCUGGUCUUCACCUGUGUGGCCUUCUCUGUGGGUUUGCAUGGGGCCAGAAUCUACCGCGGCACUGGAGACUUUUGCAUCUUCUGCUGGGCCUUCAGCUUCGCCGGGACUCUUCUCAUCAUCCUGGUGGAGCUUUUCGGCCUGCAGACCAGAGCCCCGGUUUCCUGGAAGAACUUUCCCAUCACCUUUGCGUGCUACGCCUCCCUGCUCUGCCUGUCGGCCUCCAUCAUCUUUCCCAUCUACUUCCUGAGGGGUUCCGGAAACCAAAGCGAGAUCCGCGACUUCCGCAUCGUGUGCACCGUUUUCUCCUGCCUGGCCACCAUCGCCUACAUGAGCGAGGUCAGCCUCACCAAGGCUCGGCCGGGCGAGGUCGUCGGCUACAUGGCCACCGCUCCGGGACUGCUCAAAGUCCUGGAGACCUUCGUGGCCUGCGUCAUCUUCGUCUUCAUCACCGAACCCGUGUUGUACGACCGUCACCAUUCAGUGAAGUACUGCAUGUCGGUGUACUGCAUCUGCUUCAUCCUGACUGCGGUCAUCAUCCUCCUCUGCAUCGGCGAGUGCACCGGGUUCCUUCCUUUUCCAUUCGCCCGCUUCCUUUCCGCCUACUCACUGCUGGCUGUCGUCCUCUAUCUGUCAGCGACCAUCAUCUGGCCGAUAUUCAACUUUGACCCCCAUAAUGGCGGCCAGAAACAGAGACCAUACAACUGCAGCACCGCGGUUGGCUUGUGCACUUGGGACAAGUGCAUGGCGGUGGCCGUGCUCACCGGGCUCAACUUUAUCCUCUACUUGGCUGACCUCAUCUACUCCACCCGCCUAGUGUUUGUCAGCGCCUGAUUGUAGGAGAAGGAAGUUGGGCUGAAAGUUACAAAGGUGCAUUAGGGCCAUGUAGACAGAUAAUAACAGAGGAGGACAUUUCUGUCCAUCUCAGAAAUUCUUAAAAAAAAAAAGAAGGAAAUUUCUGCCUUUGAAAAGGCAAAUAUUUGCAAGAAAACAACUCAAAUUUUGAGAUUAAUCUAAAAAAAUUUCCAGAAAAAAACUUUCAAACGUUGAAAUUUUUUAAUUUUGUCAAAUUUUUUUUGCAAUUAAAAUCACUGAUCUGUGGAACUAAUUUAGAAAUAUUUGCAAAACAUUUUGUGAAGUUUAUGAUUAUGUAUGAUGACAAAUGUGACUUUUUGUCACUGUUCACAUCGAUCACAGACUAUUGCUGCGUUCCAGUUACCUAGGGGGCAAAAACUUUCUGAGCUCCAAAGAUUGCAAAUUUUUUACUUUUGAGACUUAGAAAAUUUUAAGUUUUUUCUAGAAAAUUUCUGAGAUCAAUCUCAAAAUUUCUGAGUUUUGUCUUGCAAAUUUUUUACUUUGGAGCUCAAACAUUCCUUUAUUUUUUUAAGAAAAUUUUUGAGAUUAAUGUCAAAAUUUGGGGGGGGUUUUCUUGCAAAUUUAUUCUUCUUUUCAUUCUACAAUUCAUCAAUAUGCCUUUGUAGGCAGUGUACUCCAAAGGAAAUUGGAUUUGGUCUCCUAAUUCAGGGCUGUAAAACUGCUGUCGAACAUACUGCUGCAAGAAAACGUCUGUUUCCUGUAACUGUACUAGUUCCGAUCAUAACAAGGAGAAGUGAUGCAAAAUUACUCUUUGGUUGUUAAACAGGAAUGAAUUGUUUCAAAAAAGGCAGCGGAAAAAAAGCAUUUUGAAAAGGUGUAUUAACCUCGAAGUAGGAUUUAAAUCUUGUGCUCUUUCAGACUCCAGGGCCAAAUUUAAUUUAGUUGAAGUAUACUGCGGUAAUGAGGAUUUUAGACAAGAAAGUUUUAAAGUCAGUGGUCUAGUUUACAUCUACAAAUAUAAUUUCUUAAAAAACAAAGGCUUUCUGUGCAGAUGAUUAGGACAACUGGGAAAAAAAUAUUCUUUUAUUAUUUUGUUCUCAAACGUUUAAGGUCAGAAUACUGAGUUUAAAAUCUGAUUUCUUAGAAAAAGGUCAUAAUUUUAAUUGUUUUAGUAUCUCUGAUUCUCUUCUGUAUUUCUCUUUACUUUUUGCUCCCACCAACCUGAAUUUUAAGUAACCAUAGCGCGUUGUUUCUAUAUAAACGUGGCGUCUUACACUUCCACGGGUUCUCUGCAAUAUAUUUCUGACUCGAUUAGUGCAUAAUUUCUACCGGAUUUUUACAAUAUAUGAGCUACUACAAUGGACAGAGGAACUAAGAAGUUCAUGUCAUCUUUUAUGGAUGAGAUCAAGGUGUUUGAGCCACACGAUGCCUCCCACAUUGUGCACGACACAGGAACAUGCUUUCGCUCCAUGAGGAAAACGGCAGAUCCACACACCCUCGUCUACAUCAAUAUAGCUGUGGACAAGAUCACUGAUGCCUAUUGUUCUUGCAAGGCUGGGUACGUCGGGCAUUCAUCGUUUUGUAGGCUACUUUUAAAAUCAGUGGGUGAUUUCCUGUGUUUUAUUUGGCAAAUGUUUGAGUGUUUAAGCCCGACACACCGUACUUGGUGCUGGAGUGGCUAACACGAGUAACAGUUUAGUCCAAAGCCUUUUCUGCUAAAAUAAAAUCGUUGGUGUAUGUCAGAUACAGUACACAUUGCAUAUUGAUCUGUUUAGCUAACGUAAGACUGUGUAGCAGACAGGCUUAAAGUUGUAUCAGUACUGCCACUGUGCUGUACUUAGCUAACGGGAAGCGUGUGUUUGUAGCCGCGCUACCACGCAGAAUGGGCAUCAGCCAAUGAAAAGCGACCCCUGUGGUAAGGUCCGUUGACGAUUCUCAGACGCCGCCAUUGUUUUUGUGCUUUGUUUGUUUCAACAUCCGGACAACAGUGACGUCAUUUGCGAUCAGUCCCAUUUCCCACAGAAAUAUUAAAAUCUUAAAACUACCCUAAACAGAAGAAUGAUCGAGGAUGAAUCAUUUAAAAAAAUACAAACGUAAAGAUACUUGAUUGUUUUAAAUAUAACAGUGAAUGUUUGGAGAAAUAAUAACAAAAAACAGUAAAGUAAUACGAUCAGACAAAUCCUCAUUUGAAUCUGUGCAACUCAAAAUACAAUGCACUGCCUCAACACAGUUUUCUUAUACAUGGCGACAUUUUUCCUUCAUUUUUAUCUAUUUUUUAAAAGUGUUUUAUGAUUUCCUUCUGCUUUGUAAGACUGUCAUGCUUUAUGUUUCAUCUAAUCCAGAAAGGGCUUUUUUCCCCAUUAAACUGGUUUUCUUUACUUAUUAUGAUAUUGCGUACUGUGGGUAUUGUCUGAAUUGAUGGAUUUCUCUAAUAACAACAUGAGAAAAAUGUCCAAGUUAAAGUAGUCUGAAAGAAAACUAAGUAAAUAAUCUAGAUUCUUAUUGCAUGAUGUGUGUUCGUCAAAUGUCACAUAUCUUAUUGUGUAAGCCACAAAUGGGCAAAAUGAUCAUUUUUAAAUGUCUGUAGUCACUUAAAAGCAAUUUGAAGUCUUUAUGUAUACACUUUUUGAAGCUUAUAUUUGUUGACAGUUUUCCAAAAAAUAAAAGUUGUUAAUUUUUCUCACAACCUUUAAAAACCAAUAUGUCUAGUGAUUGUUAAUGAAGAGUUAAAUUAAAUAAAUUUUCAACUUUUUAACAUAGGUUCUGGGCUGGCAUUUGCUUCCCAUAAAGUUGCCUUGCAAGCUGGAAUAUAAAAAUCACAACAUUAUAUAUUCCUAAUACUUGUAUGUGCUAAAUAUAGAUUUAUUGUCUGUAUGGAAAAAUGUUUAAAUCAGUUACCGAUAAAUGAAUUCUUCAUCUGCUCCAUUGGUCCUGGACUGCUGAGAAAAUACUUAAAUGAAGGUUAUAAAAGUAGUACUUAUUUUCCUGUUGGUGGUUUUAUAUGUUUUUAUAUUUCACAAGUUUAGGUGUUUAAGUCACAUCAGUGUUAUAAGAAAUCAUGUAAUCAUGACAAUAAAAUCACACAAAAGAAAAAAA